AUGGAAACAACUUUACCCAAUACAACUGAAGCUGAUCCAAGUUUCGAAAUCUAUUCUUUAAUUUGGCUUGAUUCAUCAGUCAAUGAUUCGUCACAAAAUAUUCAAGCACAAAACAAACUUCGACAGAUAAUAAAUCAUUUAAAAGUAUUUGAAGAUGAUCAACAAUGUCUACGUUAUAUUCAAUCAUUGAAUAAACAUGAUCGAGUUUUUUUUAUUGUUAAUGGAAAAUUAGGACAACUUAUUGUUCCUAAACUUGCUCGAUUUACACAAAUUAUUUCCAUUUAUAUUUAUUGUUUUAAUCAACAAACUCAUCAACAAUGGGCUCAAUAUUAUCCAAAAAUCAAAGGUGUUUUUACUAAAUUCAGUGAAUUAAUGACAAAAAUUAAAUCCGAGCAAGUUCAACGACAUCAUUCAAAAAUUGAUGAUUCUUUAUUAAUAAAUAUAUUUAAUUCUGGUAAUAGUACUGAAGAACAAUCAACAAGUGAUUUAAAUGGUGAAUUUCUUCAUUCACAAUUAUUAAUUGAUUGUCUUAUUCGAAUGAAAUCAUCGGCAAGAGAUGAAGAUGAACUUGUACAUUUAUGUAAACAAUUAUAUAAAGAUAAUCGUUUUGAAUUAAAAAUUUUAAAAGAAUUUCAACGACAAUAUUCACCUGAUCAAUCAUUAUGGUGGUAUACACGUCAUUCAUUUCUUCAUCGUCUAUUAAAUAAAGCACUUCGAGUUCAAAAUAUUGAUUUACUUUAUUUAUUUCGUUUUUUUAUUCGUGAUAUUGAACAACAAUUAGAAAAAAAUAAAUGUCAAGUACCUAUACGUGUUUAUCGUGCCCAAGUUAUGUCCAAAGGUGAAAUACAAUUACUUCGAAAAUCUGUUGGAAAAAUUAUUUCAAUGAAUUCAUUUCUUUCAACAAGUUUAAGUCGUCAUCGUGCUCGUUCAUUUCUCUCAUUAGUUGAUGUUACACUUGAUGUUGAACAAGUAUUUUUUGAAAUUGAUGCUGAUCCACGGAUUGAAAAUAUCAAACCAUUUAGUAAUAUAACAGCACUAAGUUAUUAUCCUGAUGAAGAAGAAAUUCUUUUUAUGGUUGGAUCAAUAUUUAAAAUAAAUAAAAUACGUAAAGAUAGUCAUGGAAUAUGGAUUAUACAAAUGAGUUUAUGUUCAUUUGAUGAUCAUCAAUUACAAUCACUUUUUCAACAUAUGAAAAAUGAACCGGGAGAAAAAGAAACAAAUCUUUUAAAAUUUAGUCGAAUACUAAGAAAAAUGGGCAAAUUUGAAUAUGCUGAAAAAUAUCUUCUUCGUUUAGUUAAUCAACUUACACGUGAUCAUCCAGAUAUUGUUGAUUGUUAUUUUCAAUUGGGUAGUGUCGCAUAUCAUAAAGGUGAUUAUGAAGCAAGUUUAAAAUGGCAUAGAAAAUUACUUGAAUUUGAUAUGCAAACAUUAGAUGUUGAUCAUCCACGUAUGGCAUCAAAUUAUAAUAGUAUAGCUACUGUUUAUGCUCAAAAAGGUGAUUAUGAAGCUGCAUUAGAUGCAUUCAAUAAAGCAUUAACAAUUUGUAAACGAAUCUAUGGAGAAAAUCAUUAUGAUGUUGCUUCAUGUUUAAAUAAUAUGGGUAAUGUGUAUCAGAAAGAAAAAAGAUAUUAUGAUGCAUUAGAUUUUUAUCAAAAAUCACUUGCUAUUUGGGAAAAAUGUCUUCCGGAUAAUCAUCCACAUCUUGGUGAUUCAUAUGGGAAUAUCGGUGUACUACAACGAUUUCUAGGUAACAAAGAUCUAUCAUUAGAAUAUUUUCAAAAAUCACUUCAAAUUCGUACGAAAUCUCUUCCUGCACAACAUCCUGAUAUUGCAUUUACAUUGAGAAAUAUUGGACUUGCGUAUGAAGAUAAAGGUGAUAUUGAUCGAGCAUUAGCUUACUAUAAAAAAGCAGCAGCAGUUCUUCGUUAUUCAUUUAUUUCAACUCAUCCAUAUGUUACAGAGAUUACAAAUGACAUUCAACGUGUUUCAAAUAAACAAAAUUAA